AUGGGCGCGCCGGCGGCGGUGGCGGUCGCGGUGCAGCUGCUGGUGCAGCUGUUGGGUGGCCGGAACAUGACACGCUGUUUGCAGGCUGCGCGCGGUGUCCCGGGAACCCCCUGCCCUGCCCUGCGCGCUCCCGGGUGGCCGGGCCGGGCCGACGGGCCUGUGUCCUGCAGCUCAGUCCCGUUCGGUCUGUCCAUCCCAGGGCCCUGUGGCCGCCGGGCCGUAGGGACGCGUGUGGUGGGCGGAAAGGACGCGACGAUUGGGCGCUGGCCCUGGCAGGGCAGCCUGCGCCUCUGGGGUUACCACUCCUGCGGGGCGAGCCUGCUCAACCGGCGCUGGGUGCUGUCGGCCGCGCACUGCUUUGAAAGGAACACUAGCCCCGGCAUGUGGACAGUCCAGUUCGGUGAGCUGUCUGCCGCGCCAUCUAUCUGGAACCUGCAGGCCUACCGCAACCGUUACCAGGUGGAGGAGAUUGUUAUGAGCCCCAGGUAUUUGGGGGCGUCAGCCUUUGACAUUGCCAUGCUGAGGCUGGCCUCGCCUGUCACCUACACUAAGUACAUCCAGCCCAUCUGUGUCCUCGCCUCUUCUGAUGAGUUCCAGAACCGGAGUGACUGCUGGGUGACCGGCUGGGGAGACAUCCAAGAAAAUGAGGACCUGCCGGCUCCCUACAGCCUCCAGGAAGUGGAGGUCGGCAUCAUCAACACCACCAUGUGCGACUUCAUGUACACACAGCCUUCUUACCGCUACAAUAUCUGGGGAGACAUGAUUUGCGCUGGCCAUGCUCAAGGCGGCAGGGACGCCUGCUUCGCCCUGCUCACGCAUUCUGCUCCCCAGGGUGACUCAGGCGGACCCUUGGCCUGUGAAAAGAAAGGGCUGUGGUAUCAGGUUGGAGUCGUGAGCUGGGGAGUGGGCUGUGGUCGGCCCAACCGACCCGGUGUCUACACCAACGUCAGUACUCACUUCAAAUGGAUGCAGAUGCUGAUAGCCAGCAGCAGCAUUCACAAGCCAUCCCCCUGGCUGCUGCUGCUGCUCCUCCUCCUUCUCCGGACUGCCCCGUUCCUGCAGCCAGCCUGA